AAACUUUUUUCCUCGGCGUGGUCUCCUCGGCGAUUUAAGGCAUAGGUGUCUCUGAGCGGGGGAGGCGGGGAGUAAAGGGAUCUGGUUGGGGAGGCCGCCGGGGGUGGGGGCGGAGGGAAAGGUCGAGCGAGGCGGGAAGGUGGGCUCUGGCCGCGGGGAGCCCAGGACCGAGUCGCCGUCGUCCCCGCCCCUAGCGGGGAGCAACCCGGAGGAAGGGGCCGCAGUCAAGGGAGGGGACCCCAAGAUGCCCAAAGCCUUCCUGGUGAAGAGGAGGAGCCCGGGGGUCUCCGUCCGCAGCUGGGAUGAGCUCCCGGAUGAGGAAAGGGCAGACACCUACAUCCCAGUGGCCCUGGACUGCCUGCUGCACGAUCCCCCCGAGGACUGUCGCAGCGACGGCGGCAGCAGCAGCGGCGGCAGCCUGAGCGCCGGGGAGCCUGGAAGCGGCGAGAGCAGCUCGUCCCCGCGCGCCCCCGAGCGCGAGAUCCCGGAGCCCGGCGAAGCGGAGGCCCCGGGAGAACUGGCGGCGACUCAGCGCCCGGUCUCCAGGUCGAAAAUGAAGUUCACCACGGGCACAUGCAGCGACCCGGCAGUGCACAGCUGUGACCUGUGUGGCAAGGGUUUCCGCCUGCAGCGCAUGCUCAACCGGCACCUCAAGUGCCACAACCAGGUAAAGCGACAUCUGUGCACAUUCUGUGGCAAGGGCUUCAACGACACCUUCGACCUGAAGAGGCACGUCCGCACACAUACAGGCAUUCGCCCCUACAAAUGUGACAUCUGCAACAAAGCCUUCACCCAGCGUUGCUCCCUGGAGUCCCACCUGAAGAAGAUUCACGGUGUGCAGCAGCAGUAUGCCUACAAGCAGCGCCGGGACAAACUCUAUGUCUGUGAGGAUUGUGGCUACACAGGCCCCACCCAGGAGGACCUGUAUCUGCAUGUGAACAGUGCCCACCCAAGCAGUGCGUUUCUCAAAAAGACAUCAAAAAAACUGGCAGCACUUUUGCAAAGCAAGCUGGCAACUACACUCCAGGGGAGUGCCACCCUGAGCGAUGAAGAGGAUAAGUGAGGAGGAAAGAGACACCAGUUGUCACGUUUACAUGGAUUUUUUUUUCCUUUGAGGUUCUCCUGACUCUUCCUAAUUAUAAGUGUUCAGUUCAUCUCUUUCCUUUGGGGACCACAGCAGGGGGUGCAUUCCAAGUGUAUCAUUUGUAACAGUGGCUUUAGGCUCCUGGGCCUCUGUCCUAUUGAGUGGUUAAUUAUUGAAAGUUGGUGGAUGACCAUGAGCUCUGUGAGGGUUUGUUUUUCUACCCCACCCCCCCCAAGACUUUUGCACAUGGAGGAAGAGGUGUUCUUAGAAAGACCAUCAUGUCAUGGUGCCUUGAAAUAAAAGAACUCCAACUUGAAUUGCUCCCUGAGCAAGGAACGUGAAUUUUCACAU